GCGUCUGUCAGUCUGUCGGCUGCUGGUCCCUGAGGACGGAAGUGGAGGUCUUGGGGAAGGGACCAGGGCCUUGGUUGAGCCCCCGGGACCGGCUCCUAAGCCCCAGACAAGUGCAUUCGCAGUAGGUUGCUGUCUUGUUCAAGAUCCCGAGCGUCGGAAACUUGUCUUCCCUCAGUCAUCUGACUGUGCUCUGUCCACUGUGCCUCCUGCAUGUCCUGCUGCCCUGAGCUGUUCUAAGCUAGGUGACAGCGUGUCAACGCUGCCACCAUGAAUGAGGUGUCUGUCAUCAAAGAAGGCUGGCUCCACAAGCGUGGUGAAUACAUCAAGACCUGGAGGCCCCGGUACUUCCUGUUAAAGAGUGACGGCUCCUUCAUUGGAUACAAGGAGCGGCCUGACGCCCCUGACCAGACCCUGCCCCCCCUGAACAACUUCUCUGUCGCAGAAUGCCAGCUGAUGAAGACCGAGAGACCACGGCCCAACACCUUUGUCAUACGCUGCCUGCAGUGGACCACGGUCAUCGAGAGGACCUUCCACGUAGACUCUCCAGAUGAGAGGGAGGAGUGGAUGCGGGCCAUUCAGAUGGUCGCCAACAGCCUCAAGCAGCGGGGCCCAGGUGAGGACCCCAUGGACUAUAAGUGUGGCUCCCCCAGCGACCCUUCUGCGGCUGAGGAGAUGGAAGUGGCAGUUAGCAAGGCUCGGGCCAAGGUGACCAUGAAUGACUUCGACUAUCUUAAACUCCUGGGCAAGGGCACCUUUGGCAAAGUGAUUCUGGUGCGGGAGAAGGCCAGCGGCCGCUACUAUGCCAUGAAGAUCCUGCGGAAGGAAGUAAUCAUCGCCAAGGAUGAAGUCGCCCACACGGUCACCGAGAGCCGGGUCCUCCAGAACACCAGGCACCCGUUCCUCACCGCACUGAAGUACGCCUUCCAGACCCACGACCGCCUGUGCUUCGUGAUGGAGUAUGCCAACGGGGGUGAGCUGUUUUUCCACCUGUCCCGGGAGCGUGUCUUCACGGAGGAGCGGGCUCGAUUCUACGGCGCAGAGAUCGUCUCUGCCCUCGAGUAUUUGCACUCGCGGGACGUGGUGUACCGUGACAUCAAGCUGGAGAACCUCAUGCUGGACAAAGAUGGCCACAUCAAGAUCACUGACUUCGGCCUCUGCAAAGAGGGCAUUAGUGACGGGGCCACCAUGAAAACCUUCUGUGGGACGCCCGAGUACCUGGCCCCCGAGGUGCUGGAGGACAACGACUACGGCCGCGCGGUGGACUGGUGGGGGCUGGGCGUGGUCAUGUACGAGAUGAUGUGCGGCCGCCUGCCUUUCUACAACCAGGACCACGAGCGCCUCUUCGAGCUCAUCCUCAUGGAGGAGAUCCGCUUCCCGCGCACGCUCAGCCCCGAGGCCAAGUCCCUGCUUGCUGGGCUGCUUAAGAAGGACCCCAAGCAGAGGCUCGGCGGGGGGCCCAGCGAUGCCAGGGAGGUCAUGGAACACAGGUUCUUCCUCAGCGUCAGCUGGCAGGACGUGGUACAGAAGAAGCUUCUGCCACCCUUCAAACCUCAGGUCACCUCUGAGGUUGACACAAGGUACUUUGAUGAUGAGUUUACCGCCCAGUCCAUCACAAUCACGCCCCCGGACCGCUAUGACAGCCUGGGCUCCCUCGAACUGGACCAGCGGACCCACUUCCCCCAGUUCUCCUACUCGGCCAGCAUCCGCGAGUGAGCAGUGCCGCCGCCGCCGCCGGACGCCCACACCCACGCCCGCUCGGCUGCAGUCACCGCCCUGGGGGCCUGUCUCUUUGUUCUUAGACUUUAUAUUUUGCCUUUUUUUGUUUGCAUCCCCAUCCCUCACCUGCUCACCCCAUUUCCAGUUUUUUCUUCAGCCCUCUGCCAAACUCACCUCAGCGGUCCCAGCAGCACUGCCUCCAGGAUCCUGUCCUGUCCUCACCUUUGUGCCCAGACCUGGAUUUGGGAGACUCUCCACUGCCCGCCCCAGGACCAAGCCUUCGGGCGGUUGGAGAGGUUCCGGUUUUCAAUCAACAUAAGCCCCAGCGAGGGGCGGCGCGUGGAGCUGCGGGCCCCACCCGGGUCUCUGGCCGGGCGCCUGCCCCUGCGCCACUGCCUUCUCGUGGGACACCUUGUGGGACACGACGCCCGGCGGACAGUGCCCUGGUGGUCGGGCUCAGGGCGGCCUGGCGUGGGCUGUCCGGCCCGGCCCCUCCCCCACAGGGGCAGAAAAGCAAUAAUGUCCAGGGAGAGGCAGGGGGCCUUUGGAAGCCCCAGGGUUGGGGGUUCGGGGAUCCCUCGUGUAGAUGGGGCGUGAUCUGCCCCAUGGGGCAUGAGGGGGGCCCAGGUGAUGGGCACUGCCUCCUUGCCCUGCCUUCCUCAGCAAUCCCCAGCUGCUCUCCUGACCCUGUGGAUGAGGAAGGAGGAACAUUUGGGGAUGGGCCUCCCUGCUGCCCCAUCCUGUGCCUUACCAGGGCUUGCUUCCGGUCGGCCUUCACUCCUGCUGGGCCCGGGGCUGGCCCCAGCCCUUGCCAAGGAUGGGGGCAGGGGGCUGCCAGCUCUGCUGUUACACAUCUCGCACCGAGACAGUGUUGGGCCCCGUGGACUGGGGUCGAAGAGGGGAUGGGAGUUGGGGGGGGCGGCCUCUGAGCAAGGGAGGCUCCAGGGCCCUCUCCUCCCUCCCCCCUCCCUGGGCCCCACGUUUUGCAGCCUUAAGGUGAAUGUGUGUCAGUGCUGUGGGCACGUGUGUGCGGCCUCAGGCUGUUGUGUUUGUGGAUGGCCCCUUGCCUCUGGGAUGAGGAUGCACACGGGUUGGGGUGUGUGUGCAUGCGUGUUGGGUGUGUGUGUGUGUGAGGGCAAGCGUGUCCGGGCCUUGAAUGCGUGGUGUGUGUGGGCUUGGGCCCUGUCCCCGGCCCGAGCAUUUCAUCCCGUAGGGGAGGGGUGCUGGCCUGGUGGGGGAGCCACACCUGGGGUCCAUUUGCUGCCCAGCCCCCCUCCCCCCCCGCCCUUGCCCCCAGCAUCUCUGGGUGUGUGGAAUUUAGUUGUGGCUUUGAUCUCCCUGCCCCACCUCCUGUACUGGGUAGUUCAGAGAGAGACAUCCUAGGGUGGGAUGCAGGGUUGGUUUGGGUGGGUGGGGGGUCUUUUUCUUUGUGUGUAUGUCAUUUAUUUGACAAUUCUCUAUCCUCCUUACUGGACUUCCCCAUUCCUCCCAUUUGUACGGUACAAGCAAUAAAGACACUCGUUUCAGACGGGG